GUGUGGGGUCAGCCUGUGAUGCAGACAAGAUGCCCACUGCCACCAUCGCCCCUGUGUAGCAGCGGAGCGCCGCAGACCCCCCCCCUGUCGUCCCCCAGCUCAGCUGCAUGUUGUAGUCCGACACACGGAGCUCCAUGUCUGUGGCGAAUGCGAAACACACGGUCCUGAAUCCGGUGAUCCCAUACACAGGGCCCGUACCCGGAGGCCUGCACCCUGGGGAGAUCAUCAUCAUCCAGGGCACCGUGCCCCCAGAUGCUGACCGGUUUCAGAUCGACCUGUCGAGCGGCUGCAGCACCAAGCCGCGCUCUGACGUCGCCCUCCACUUCAGCCCGUGCUUCACAGGCCCCCCCAGGGUGGUAUGCAACUCCCUGCUGCAGGAGAGCUGGGGUGAGGAGGAGACGCUCCAUCAGCUGCCCUACAAACGCGGAGCCCCCUUCGAGACCAUCAUCCUGGUGCAUGACGACGUCUUUAAGGUGGCAGUAAAUGGUACUCACCUGCUGAGCUACAAGCACAGAAUCCCACUGAACAGGGUCGACACAUUUUCUAUUUCGGGGAAAGUCAGGGUGUACGCUGUUGGCUACAUCCCAAACUCAGCGAUAUAUUCAGAAUCAGGUGACUUGAGCCUCCCUUACAAGGGCAGUAUACUGAAAGGCCUGAGCCCAGGGCAGCACAUCACAAUCAAAGGACAAGUCAGCAUGUAUCCUCACAGUUUCACCGUGAACCUCUGCAACAGCAGGACGGAGAACAUCGCCUUCCAUCUGAACCCUCGCAUGAAGUCGGGUGUGUUCAUCAGGAACUCGUACCUGAGUGAGACGUGGGGUCAGGAGGAGCGGGAGCUGCCCUUCUUUCCCUUUUCAUCGGGGGAGUACUUCGAGAUUCUCAUCCUCUGUCAGUCCCAUCAGUUCAAGCUGGCAGUGAACGGCUCGCACUUGUUCGAGUUCAGACAUCGGGUGCAGGACCUGAGCAGCAUCGACCAGCUGGAGAUCAUGGGAGACCUGGAGCUCACUGAUGUUAAACUGUGGUGACUCGGGACUCCACAGCGACACAGAAACCAGCGUUACCGACACCGUCAAGUCCUGGUGAUCGACGGUUAAUUAGCUCAGCCCCAAUGACGCAGACGGUGGAUGCUAAAAACAUCAAAAAUCCCGAGCUGACUUCUGGAUCGACUUUCAAAAAAAAAAAAAAAAAAGCUAAGAAAAAAAAGCACAGCGAUAUUAAACUAGUUCAACCAUUGACAAAAUGAUCCAUCUAUCCAGCUCAGAGGACCGAUGCAUGAGCGGGGGCUGUGUCGGAGAAUCAGGGCUGUGAGCCACCAUGACCGUUUACAGCGUUUACAGAGUUAGGGUUGCCUUGGUUCAUAUCUUCUACUGUCUCUAGUUUCUCUCUGCUGUGAUACGCCAUUAGUGCACUGUAUAAUUAAAACAGCAAGCAUUUAAAUGUUAAUAUUAUUAAGUAGGAUGGAGUAUUGGGAGGAUAUAGACAUUUUUUUGAGAUUUUGAGGAUGUUAUAUUACGAAAAUAAAGUUGCGAUUUAAUGAGAAAAAAGUCAUAGUACAAGCAUAUAGAAAAAGGUUUUAGGAAAACAGCAGCAAGGACCCGUGGUCUUCAGAGUUCAACUCCGUCUAGAUCUAAAAUCUUGAAAAAAAAGGAAACUUCAUAAGUUUAAGUAUUUUGUUAUUUGUUAAACAAACAUUAAAGUACACUUGACAAGAUGCUCCACAUUCCUCAUUUUUACACAGGCGACUGGUUGAUCUUCUGAUAUUCCCCCUCCAUGAUGACACUUAACCUUAAUUUAAGACUUUAUUCUCAUAAUAAUACUUCAUUCUCAAAAUCUCAAGAGUUUUUGUUCCCCUGUAAGUGACCAUAAAUAUGACUCUGGCGUAAAUAAGCACUUAAAUCCUGGCUUUGUUUAAAUGUCAUGACAGUCUGCAUAUAAAACAAUGAAUGAAACUGUUGGGCCCGUAUUUUCUUUUGGAGCAAAGCUCAAUAAAUCAAAUUUAUUGUGCAGCUAAGUUAAAGAAAUCAUUUUUUAAUAAAAUGUUUUGUGAUUACUAUUUUCUUUGGAGAGAAAAAUGUAUUGUAAUGUCAUUAACAUUUUCACCUGCAAUAUUUUGCCCAGUUCUUUAUUUACUUUUCUUCCGUUUUUUUUUAUCCUCAGCAUUCUUUAACACAACUCCGCGUGUGCUUGACAAGUUGAAAUCUAUUCAUGAUUUAGUGCAGCAGAAAUUAAGCACAGUGCAGUACAGGGUCAAUGAAAACUCUUUAUAAUAACCUAACAAAUGCUGUUUUGCGAUCUUUAUGUGAGCUGUAGACUGAAAUAGAAUCCUGCAUCGCUUGUCUCACUAUUGUCCUGCUCCAAAUAAAAAAAAAUGUCCCUGGUUUAGAAAUACAACCAAAAAUCAGAUAUUUCUUUUCCAGUGCGAUUGCGUUUUUUUUCCCCUUUGUUUAUUGCAAUUAUUGUAAAAAUGUAUUAAAAAUCUUCCCUAUAUCAUAAAUGAGUUAAUAAAUAAAUGUGUUACUGUUU